AUGAGCGAUGAAUUUAAUGGAUUAGACGCGUUAGUCGACGAAUCGAUUCCCCCAAAAGAGAAGCUGGCAUUGCUCACACAGUUCAAGGGCCAUGUCAAGAAGACUCUGGUGAGCGAGCAAAUGUGUAUGCGGUACUUUGAGAACCUUAGCCGGCUUCUGAUGCAAUUAGCAGGCGAAGAAGAACAAGUAGAAGUAGAAGAUGAGAGAAUGACACUUUUCCAGCUGGCGCAUUCGGCAAUGUGCUAUUUAGUGAAACGGGUGGCCAUGCAGGCGCAAUACAAGUUCCAGCAUGAUGUGAUAGAGCUGGUUGUGUGUACGUUGUUGGCUGCAUGCGAUUCGUGCGGGAGCGGGGACAAGAAAGUAUGGCAGAGUUCGGUGAAGGCGUUGGAGGCGAUAUAUCUUGCGAAACCGCACGAGUUCAGCCGUGUUUUGGACGAGUGCGUGGCACAUAAGGAGUCGAUACGUACUCAGGUGUUGCUAGUUGUGGACGAGUUGGCGAGAAGCGAGAUUAAUAACGGACGGAGUGCGUCGAACUUUGUUCAGAAGUUCAUGCCCGUUUGGGUGCACGAGAUGAACACGAACCCGUCGUUCCAGCCGAAAGAUGUCGAGCUAAUAUUUGAUAUAGCGGCCAGUCGGUGUCCUGAUGUGGUUGUGCGGAACAUGGUGGAUUCGGUGAUGAAUAAGACGGCGUCGAGACUGCUCGAAACGAAGUUUACCAAGAUGAGAGGCCAGGGCCAGGGCCAGGGCCAGGGCCAGGGCCAGAGUAUUGUCGCCACUAGUCAACCGGUAUCCCGCAGCUCCACACCCAUGAACAGCAACGGAUCAAACGCGCAACCGUUUGACAUCCACACCGAAUUGCAAUCCAUCAUGAAUCAGGCCCCACAGUUCCCCUCAGUGCCUACCCCAGCCCCAACAAACUACUCAAACUUCAACCAUCUCCUCAAAGACUUGGAAUCCAUCUUGGUCCCAUUCCAAGCUCCAAGGGAAACAGAACAGAACUGGAAGUUGAGACAGGCAAACGUCAUCAAACUUCGAUCCAUAGUGCUGGGGAACACUUCCACAGAGUUCCCAGAGAAAUUCUUGGACGCGUGGCGCGAAUAUAACUUACACGAAUGUGUUACAAAAUCUGCAUUAUCAUUAAGAACAUCACUAUGCACCCAGGGAUGUAGCUUGGUGAAAGACCUUUGCUCCGUAUUUAACGCAAUACUCGAUAUCUCAAUCAUUGAUAACCUCUGGUCCUGCAUGGCAAAACUUAUGGCAAAUACGAAAAAAAUUGCUAACCAGAAUGCAUACAUUUGUCUUAUAACAUUAUUAUCAACGGUCCCAUUCCAUUCGCGUCUUUUCAACCACUGCUUGGCAUUGAUUAGGGACAAAAACACAGCUUCAAGGCUUUACUCUUCUACGUUCUUAAGAAUACUUAUAGUGAGGUUCCCGAAAAGGCUAGUAUCUCAACACCAUGUUUACGUCGAAGAGUGGCUACAAAAGGGACUUACAGAUGCCCAAACUACUAUCAGAGAAACAAUGCGGAUUACCUUCUGGUACUGGUAUAAAAUCUCUCCAAUGAGUGGGAAAAAACUACUAGGCUCAUUCCAACCUCAAAUCAAGAGAGCUUUAGAGAGUAGCAUACCUGCUCACUUAGAUAUCGAUUACGAUGCAGGUGGACAUUUAACAGCGACAACAACUGCUGGAAUAUCUACCAAUUCACGAAAUUCUUCUAGAAGGUCAAGUUUACUACCGAAACGGUUUCCCAGCUACGCUGCUCCAACUCAAUCUUCACAUUUACCAAGAUCUUCCAUAAAGAGAUCAUUGACGGAUAUAUCUCACGCCAAUUCUUUCUCAAAAAGAUCUUUAAGAACACCACCAGACCAUGAAAUGCACAUCGACUUGACUAACGAGAUUACAAAAUCUCAUACAAACCCCUUGUUAAACAGAUACAUGAGAAAUGAUGCCCAUAAGAGAGAAGGGGAUGAAAAAGCGGAAGGGGAAGAAAAACAACAAUCGGAAAGAGAAGAAGAACAUUUAGUGGAAGCUUUGUCUAGAGAUCCUAAACAUGGGUUGGAACUUCUUCAAAAGUAUCUCCUAUCUGACAUCAACAUUGAAAAUUCGGAUAAAUUACAAUUUUCGAUAAUGUCUUUGAUCAGAACCAACCCUAAACUAUUUAAACCUCUGCUACACUUCCCCAAAUUCUAUGAACUGAUUCCUCUCAAAUUUUCAAUGAUAUUGUUGCCCUUGAACCACUUGGAUAUCACGAUGAUUGAAUCUCAAGUUUCUCCAUCCACCAUUCUUAAUAAUGUUAUUACAAUCCUACAAUCCUUGGAAGAGAGAAACUCGGAAUGGUCUAUCUUCUAUGUCCGUUUCAAGUUCCAAAUAUACAAUUUCUGCUUUGAAACAAUCGAGAGAAUGCUAUCCAAAGUGAAUAUGUCUGAUACUCUGAUCAAUGAACUACUAAAUGCUUGUGGAAAGGAUAUGGACGCCGAAAAAUACUAUAGUCUAAUACUCAAAAUAUACUCUUCGGAUAAAAAUAAGUUUACGGCUUUGUUGAAGUUAACCCCAACGGCAUCCACUAAGUUGAAAAUUGCAAAUGAGAUUCAAAAGAAGGACCCUGAUUUUGAAAUAAAGAACAUACUCAACAAUUACCGUCCAAUAAGUGAAACCGUAGAUCCUCCAGAAGAAAAACAUUUGCUAGAAAUGACAAUGGUGAACCCUCUCGAGAAAAGAACUGUGAGUACCAAUACUGUCGUUCACAAUUCGCUAGAUUCUGACAUUGAAGAAAAUGAAGGUUUUGAGAGGCAAGAAGUAAGGUACUCCAAUAUACCUGAAGUAUCCAUGCACAAUGAUGACGAUAAUGUUUCUUCUAGAAAUGGUUACUCAAUUGAACCUGAGAGUCAAGCUGUGAAGCAGGAUCCUGCAGGAGAAAUAAAAGAGACAAAGGAGAAGGAAGAAGAAGAAGAAGAAGAAGAAAAAGAAGAGAAAGAAGAAGAGGAAAGAGCACGGAAAGAUCAGAAAGAUGACGAAGAGCACGACGAUCAUUCUGUCAUUCACGAGAAUCUGGAAUCAGUAGGAGUGAAAGAAAAUUAUCAAACAAGAGAUUCUAACGUAACCGAACUGACGCAAGAACUACUAGAAAAAGCUUCAAGCUUGAUGGAAGAAUCAGACAGACACAAGGAAACAGAUGAGCCAAAUGGUUUCACUAAAUUUGGAGGGUUUUCAAAGCUUACUGAAAUGACAAAAGUUCAUAGUGUUUUCCAACCAGAGGCUCCUGUAAAUGAGAAUAUAGACUACAUGGAUGUUGAUUCACAAAAUGAUUCAAAUUUAGGCCACAAGUCUAUGCUCUCGGAUAUAUUCUUGAAGAAUCAAACAAAUGAAGAUAUACACACAUCUAAGGAGUUUGGUGAAAUCAAUUCAAACAAGGAACAUAAGUUAGAUUAUGAAUCGCAUAUGUUGACUGAAGCUAUCAAUGAUAUGGAAAUCAAGACCAAUACGGAGGGCUCUGUUGGAAAUAAAUCAAAAGAUGAUAUUGUUGCCUCACAACCUAUUGAUAAAGAACACGCUCAGUCUCAUAAUCAAUACACUCCUCUAGAUACGUCUGUAUUUCCUCACGAAUCAUUAAUACUUUUUGAGUUGAACUUCAUAGACUCAUACAUCGAAACGGUUGAAUUGAAUAAACUAAAUUCAAUAGUCCAUUCGAUUACCAAUAACGGUACGUUCAAGAUGAAUGAACUACAAUACUUACUAAAGUGCUUUCUCACACAGGAUGACGAAGUCCUAAAAUGGAUACACACUGAUUCAAAGCUCACUAAGCUAUGUUUCAUAACAGAGCAAUUGCUUUCUUCCAGCUCAUCUGAGUCGCACAUACCCACAAAUAUUGCAUACAAGUCCCUCAUAUUGGCUGCUUGUUUAAUCCUCAUUAACGAGAAACUUGAUACCCGUGUGUUGAAGAAUGAAAACUUCAGCAACCUUAUAGAUAGCAUUAUAUUCCUGGUCGCAAAGCUAGACACAUACGAUAAUGAAAUAUACUUCGCCAGUGGAGAAUUGAGACAAAUUAUGUUGGAUCAUGUCCCCAACAUCUCAACAGCUUUCUUAGAAAGAUGUCUAACUGCACUAGCAAACAUGAAUGAACAGUAUAUGGUCAAAGUUUCAUACAUUCUACAGUCCAUUGGUCAUAUAGUGAAAACCAUUGGGAAAUCGUUAACAGUGGAAAACUUAAAAAAUCUAUCUAACGCUGUCUCCAAAUAUGCACCAAGCGACGUCCCAGAAUGGAGGUUCGAAUCAUGCACCGUGCUCUCUAUCAUAUACGCAGAAUUGCUCCAAAGAAACACACCUGUGGGGUACAUCCGCUCGCUUAUGCCGCUGCUAGACGCUUCUGACUUUGAAGUCGUUAGGCGUAUGUCACUUUUCACGAGUAAAGACGCGUCGCGUCAUCUUGGCUGA